AUGUAUAAGGGACGUAAAAUCUAUGAACUAAAUUCGAGCGAUGUUACUCUUUUGAUUGUCUUGGCUAUUUCGAGGUAUUCUAUUGCAGAUCCAUGUAAAGCAUACGAGAAGCUAAUAGAUUCAUCAACAUCGAUCAAUAGGCUUCUAUUCACCUCGAGUCCAAAGGCAUUUCAGUGCGAUAAAGCGUUAAAUAAUAAUUGGUAUCGUUUCACAGGAGGCAAAGAUUCUCAAGUAUUACCUGAGAGCUGCAGUAAACAAUAUGGUCGAUGUUUGACCUUAUCGUCUGGAUGGAUGGUCAAAGAACAUCCAGCAGAUUAUUGUAGGCCUAACCCUUGCUUUAAUAACGGAAGUUGUCAAAUUUGGGCUAAUGGCUAUGUUUGCCGAUAUCCUUGCAUCGAUUCUUUAAUUCUAAACGCCACCUCCCGACUGAUUGGGCAUAGUGAUAGCGCUGAUGAUAGCAAUUCGAUCCUUUGCGAUAAAGUUAAUUUUUCACCUGCUUGGUAUCAUCUUCAAAAUCAUUCAAAGUCGGUCAUGCUUGUAACUCAUCCAGUAGAAAUGCUCCAAUGUCAUACUAUUUCAACGGGCUGGCUAAACGGAAACCAUCCUACAGAGUGCCAAGUUGCUAAAAGAUAUUGUGCCGAUAAAGCAAAUAAAUGCGAUCCCAAUCCUUGUGUUUACGGUAAUUGUACGAUAAGUGAAGAUGAUUACGUCUGUCACUGCCAAUCAGGAUACACAGGAAUUAAAUGUGAUCAAGACAUUGAUGAGUGCAUGAUCAAAAAUGGUGGAUGCAAUAGACUUUGCACUAAUACUCACGGUAGUUAUUUUUGCUCAUGUCCUGGUAAUUUUGAGCUACAGGAUGAUCUUCGUGGAUGUAUAGAUCCUUGCAAGAAUGGCACAGUUGGAUUACAUAGUAGAACCAGAGAUUUAAUUCCUGAUUUCAAUCAUAUUUCGGAUCUGGUCAAUCGAUGUAAUACCAUACAGGACAACGCGGUGAAAUGGUACCGAAUUAAACGUCAGAUCAAAUGCUUUCCUAUAGCUAAAAGACUAUACAAUGCUCGGGAUUUUAGGGACGUCGAUGGUGACAAUAUCCAUAAAUUCAAUGUUUGCUUUCACUUUGGCUUCCCUCUAUGUUCAAGUGCUAAAGUCAUCAAGGUUAAACACUGUUCUGGAUAUGAUGCUUAUAAAAUUGAUUCUAUGUCUGCAUGUUAUUUAAGUCACUGUGGUAUCUUGACAGACCCAUGUAGUUCCAAUCCUUGUGUCAAUGGAAGAUGCUCAUUACAGCCUGGUGGUGACUAUCUCUGCAAUUGCUCUUCAAGCUAUACAGGACGUCACUGUGAACAAGGUUAG